AUGUCACCUCCAGGAGAAGGCAACCAGCGUCCGGAGAAGAAGAAUGAAAGCGUAUCGGAGAAUCAGGAGCAAUACCGUCAGAUGAAUGCUCCCCAAAUGGGUAAUGACGACGAUGAGGUGGACUACAGCUUCUCAAGAAUGUCCGUUAGGGAAAGAAGGAAGUUGUUCCAAGCCGAUGAGCCUAGGAUCAUCAAUCAGUAUGGAACAUUGCCUCGAGGUCCGGUAAGCCGAAGCGUACCCCGUUUCAAUGGUCCGCCGUCCAAUUAUUCCCAGUCUUCAAAUCAGGACUUCGUCUUUCGUCAAGCGCAAGCUCCCGUUCAGUCACGUCCAAGUUGGAGCAAUGUCUACACCCAGCCAUCACCUCGUCGCAACUCAACCUUUGACUUCCGUCCACAGAGCGUUGUCUCUUCUACGCGUCCUGUUGACCUGAAUUCCGUUCAGCGACCCACACUAAUUGAGCCAUAUUCACAGCCAUCUUAUUCACCAAAUCGUCAAUCUCGCUCAAUUUAUCGAUCGACACCGACUGUGAUUCAAGCAGGGGAUCAACCUAUCUAUCCUUCUUCACCUCAAUCAGUCGCGUACGGUUCUUCACCAACACGGGUAAUACGAAGGACAAGCUAUUCAUCUAGAACGGUGCCCAGGGAUUCGGUAUCUGUUUUUCGAGAAAGUUGGCCCUCCCAUCAAUCACAGAACUCUGCUCAGCCGUUGAGAGUUCGAGUCUAUAACAGUGACAGGUCUGUUUCAUCUCCGACAUAUCAUCAACCUCCACAAUCCACCUAUUCACAGUUCUCUCCCGUGUAUCCGGCCUAUCCAGCCUAUGGACCACGUCCAACUUCAAAUGCGUCUCAAGCAUAUCGAGUAGUUCAAAGUCCUAAUCGACCGUACCCGCAAACGAUCAGUACUAGUUACGGUUACCCAUCGUACAAUUACCAACCACCACCUGCUACAUCACAUGUCUAUGUACCGCUAACGCCAAGCCAUCGUCGUACUGUCUCAACACCUCAAUUUCCACCAAAAUCAAUAACAAUUUACCCAACGAUUCGGGAUCGUCAGACAGUAGAACCGCCUCGUCAAGUGUAUCAGCAGAUGACAUCUCCACGAGCUCCACCCCAACGAUCUGAUUGGACAGUAUUGCAACCAACCAGAAUCGCCCCUUCUCAGAUCUCACCCAACCAGAAUCGACCAUCUCUGUUCGGUCCACCAGCACGGCAACAACAAUACCACCAACCUAAUCCACCUCCACCUCCACCACACCAGGGUCGUGGAAUGACCUUGCCAUCGCGACCUCGUCCUAAAGUGGUGAAUAGACGUGAACCACCACCUCCAGAUGAUGAUAUUGGUGCCACAGAGUUCUAG